AUGAAAAGAGAGGAAGAAGAGAAAGAGAAAGCACUGGAAGACCAGCAGGGAGAGCAGGCUAGACAGGAGGCAGAGAAGAACUCUAAGGUACUCGCAGUGAUAGGUGCAACCUUGGGGACAGUUUUGCUUUUCGGUUUGGCUGUUUUAAAACUAAAACACUGAUUAGAUAAUCUCAUCUCACUGAAAUGUCCUGAUCCUCCUUCAUUAAUAUUUCAGUGUUUAAAAAGAAUCAGCUGGAUCAUUUUGUCUUUGCUUUCUUAAUGAUUCACACAUUUUAUGAAUCCUUCUUACAAGUAAAAAAAUCUCUAAACUUUGAUCUAAAUGUGCUUUGUGUUAUUCUGACUUUAAACAUUUAAUAAAAAGUUCAACAAACUCUUGAUUGACUGAUGUUGUUUUUUUUGCAAGAGAAACCGAAAUCCUGAGGCAACUUUUCCCACAAAAGAGGAUUAGGGCCACAAGAAGAGGGAAAAAAAAUACAGGAGGUAGAUCUUCUUUAAUUUCCGUACUGAGAUCACAGUCGAAUUUUUGAGAUUAAAGUUCUCCAAAUUUGUCUGGUUGUUUCUUCUGUAGAGUCGUAAUCUUUGGCACAGUCUUUUCAGAGUCAGAAUAGUUAUGACCACACUGUGUUUGUUUGCUAAAAGAGGAAGGAUUUCCUUGUUACUAAAUCCAAUUCUGAAGUAGAGCUUUACAAAUGGUGCUACAGAGGACAUGUUGUUGAGUGACGAGCGACAACGCUGUGGAUUCAUUAUCAUUAAUCUGAACAUUACAACUUUAUUCAUGAAUUUGAGUCUUUAUUUGUGUCGACUUUAUUCUCAAAAUUUCGACUUUAAUCUUGAAACUUCUACUUGAAUCUCUUUCCUGUACUUAUUUUUUCUCUUCAUGUGGCCCUAAUCCUCUUUAGUACUUAUCCUACAACGUCCACAUUGUAAAAAAAAAAAAAAACAUUUUACGAAAAAGUUGUAGUAAAUUCUUUUUUCCCCCACAAGACUAAAGUAAGUAAAGCUGGUAUACUGUAAAAUUAGUAAAGUCAUGAUAUUACAAGAAUAAAGUCACCUUUGUUUUGGUAUAAAGUCAUAAUAAAGUUUAUGUUUUGAUUCACUGUGAGGAGCCAGCUGUCUGUGUCAAAAUGAGGAACCUGGAGAGUCUGCUUCAAUCUGGAUAUCACAAAAAAUAAUAAAAUAAACAUUCAUCUGUAAUUAAGACUCAAAAUGGAAGUAAUUGAGCUAAAACAUUGUGUCAUGUAAACUGGUUGUACAAGUUUUCACAUAUCAAAAAAUCAUAGGUGUACCCCAGAAAAAGUUUAUUUUAGAGUCAAUCUUUGAAUUGACUUUAUAGUUAUUAUAAUUAAUAAUAAUAACAAACCCAAAAGUAUAAAAGUGUGUGAGAGAGAAGCCUGGGGCUCCUCUCCUUGGUUUGGUCAAGAGGAACUUUAGUUAAAAUCGGGCGUGUCUUGUAAUCACUGAUGGCAGGGGUGAUGAGUGUGUGCUGCUGGAGUUCUGUCUCUGAAGAUAAGGUAAAACGUUUUUUUUUAUUGACUGUGUGAGUCCUUAUUAAACUUGCUGUUGUUGCAGACAGACUUCACAUUUUCAGCUCAGAAACAGACGAGAUCUUCUCCCCAAUAUCCAAGUAUGGCCAGCAGUUAUGGUAAGUCCAUAUAUUUUACUAUGAAAGGAGCUCAAAGUUUCAGUCAAAGCCUCUAUGUAUGCAGGUCAAACACAGUAUGGUUUAAAACUGGAAAGGGCCACAGGGGCUACUGCUGAGUAUUGUACACUAUGAUGAGAUUCUUCAGAAGUAUCAAAUAAUUAAUACUAGUCAGUCACAUUAUGAUACCAUAUACAAGGAGCACAAACAUUCUUUAUGUGAGUAUUUAUACAUUAUUAGAAAAUAAUAAUUUAAAAAAAAAACAGAGCUGGAGCAGCAGACAUUUGGAAAACUCCAUUAACUGCUCUUUUUUUAUUGUUAGUCCCAUUCACACUAUGCAAAAAUAUUCCACAGUUUUUUGCAACUUCAUGUAUGAUCCAGAAAAGUAAUCACACACUGAUCCCGAUCAAAGCGCAUAUUUUAAUAUAUGUUUUUUAAACUCCCGUUUUUUGUUAUGUUCUUCGUCUUCAUUGACAACAAGUGGACACUUGAAGAACUGCAGUUCUUAGCAUGUCUGAAUUGGUGUCAUUCCUUCACAAGACUGAAGGGUUUCUGCUUUCAUUUACCCAAAACAUCGUAGACCAAGACUCCACCUAGUGCUCAGUGUUAGAAUAACACAUCAUGAAUUUUGAGAAUACUGAAUGUCUGUUUAUUAUUUUCUGACAUUUCCUCAGAGCAAAUCCUCAACAAUGAGGAGAUCCGGAUCGUGUUGGUGGGAAAGACCGGCGCUGGAAAGAGUGCCACAGCAAACACCAUUUUGGGACAACGCGAAUCUACAUCAAAGCGCUCCCCUAAAUCUGUGACUGAACGCUGUGCAAAGGCUGAUGGUGAGGUGGAUGGAGAGAAGGUCUCUGUCAUCAACACUCCUGGUCUGUUCGCCACCAGGGUUGAUGAAGACAAAAUCCGUGAAGAUGUAACUCAGUGUGUCUCUUAUGCUUCUCCUGGACCACAUAUCUUCCUGAUCGUCAUCAAACUGGACAGAUUCACAGAGGAAGAAAAACAGAUGGUGCAGAAGAUUCAGCAAAACUUUGGAGAGGAAGCAGACAAAUACAGCAUGGUCCUCUUCACCCAUGGUGACCUGCUCAAAGGGACAACUAUCCAAGAAUACUUGAGUGAAAGCGAAGAGCUGCAGGAGCUGGUGGCCAAAUGUAACGGCCAGUAUCACGUCUUUGAUAACAACCUGGAGGACCGAUCUCAGGUCUCAGAGCUGCUCCUCAAGAUCAGAGAUAUAAACAAGAAGAACGGAGGAAACCAUUACACCACUGACACGUUCCAGAAAGCAGAGAGGGCGAUCGAAGAGGAGAAACAACGAAUCCUGAAAGAGAAAGAGGAGCAGAUGCAAAAAGAGCAGGAGGAGCUGAAGAAGGAGAUAGAGGAAAAAUACCAGGAGCAAAUAAAGGAAGUAAAGGAUGAUCUGGAGAGAGAAAAACAGCUCAGAGAAGAAAUGGAAAGAGAGAAAGAAGAGAGAAUUAAAGCUCUGAAAAACCGACAAAAAGCAUGGGCGAGACGGGAGGCAGAGAACAAUAACCCUGCGUUACUCAUAGCGUUAAGUACAAUCUUUGAGGCAGUUUUUGGGAUCGGUUUGACUGUUUUAAAUCUAAAAGGCUGA